CGCCGGCGCCCCCAGCUGCAGCCCAUCCGCGCUAGCCUCGCCUCUCUGCCCGCUGAGCUGCCCGACCGGCGCCUUCGCCUCCUGCGCUCCGGAGAGUCCGCGGCCGGGCCGGACAUCCCUUCCGGUAGCCGGCUCGGAGGGGUUCCGGGACUCCAGGGAACGGUGAGGAGCUGCAAUGGAUCCCCUCCUGGCACAGGUGGAGAAAGACUUGGGCAUCGCCCGCAGUCAGCUGCUGCUCAGGGGCUCCCACGUUGUUGCUCUCGUGCCCUUAAAAUGGCUGGCGAGCCUGAAGGAGCGGGGGGUGCUGCCUGUCUCGUGCCCACAGCCCGAAGGCCUCAGCGAGCUGGAGAUCCACGCCUGUCUCCAGCACUCGGUUCAGAAGCUGCCCGCAGGCUGGACCCGAGUGGAACUCCACGGACUGCAGAAAGUUUGGCUACGCUACCAGCUGACCACAAGUGCCAAUGCGCAGAAAGAGCCCACAGGAACCCCAGAGACCCUUCACGAGUUCAUGCGCAGGGUGGCUUCCCAGAACUGUAGGAAUCUCUGGAAACAAGCCCACCGCUCGUACGUCCAGCGCUACUACCCGGCCCCGGCUCCAGCCUCUGUCCAGGCCCUGGAGGGGCUCCGGGCAGCCCUCCAGAAGCUCUACUGCUGCCCGCUGGUCCACGUGGGGAGGGCCCUCUCUGGCUCCUCUCCUGCUAAAGAGGACGACGCCCCUUGCCACGCCCCCCCACGCUUCUCCAGUGUCCUGCAGGCGGAUGUCCUGGUGGAGUCCUCGGAGAUGCUCUUCCUGGUCUUCCCGUACGUCCGGUACUCCCUGCGUGACCUCAUCACCUUCAGCCCCGCCAAGCUGACAAACAGCCAUGCCAAACUGCUCUUCAUCCUCUUCCAGGUCUUGCUGGCCAUGCAGGCCUGCCAUGAGGCAGGCCUGGCAUGUGGCAUCUUCUCGCUAGAGGACGUGGCUGUGGAUGAGAAGCUGUGUGCCCGGCUCAGGGUCCCACUUCAAGGGUACGAGCAGCCGGGCAGAGAGAGGGCCGGGGAGGGAGGAGCCGCAGCAGUAGCUUCUAGCACUCCAGACCAAGUGUCAGCAGAGGGCCAGGGGACCAGGGGCCCCGCGGCUGAAGAAGAAGGGGCUGGGUCCCUGCUAGACCUCGGGGAUCUGGUGCUGGACUGGGUGAAUGGCCGCCUCAGCAACUUUGACUACCUCAUGCACCUGAACCGAUUGGUGGGGCGGCGCCCGAGGGACCCCAACUAUCACCCGGUGCUCCCUUGGGUGAUGGACUUCACCACCCCAGGAGGACAAUUCCGGGACCUGCGGAAGUCCAAGUUCCGCCUGAACAAGGGGGACAAGCAGUUGGACUUCACCUAUGAGAUGACCAAGCAGGCCUUUGUGGUGGGGGGAAGCGGCCUGAGUGGGGAGCAGCCUCACGUUCCUCAUCACAUCUCGGACGUCCUCUCCGACAUCACCUAUUACGUCUACACAGCCCGGCGGACACCCAAGGCGGUGCUGUGCGCCCAUGUCCGGUCCCAGUGGGAGCCCAACGAAUACCCAGCCAACCUGGAGCGCAUGCAGGCUUGGACCCCUGAUGAGUGCAUCCCCGAGUUCUACUCGGACCCCACCAUCUUCAAGUCCAUCCACCCCGACAUGCCGGAUCUGGAGGUGCCGCCCUGGUACGGCUCCUGCGAAGAGUUUGUUGCUGCCCACCGGACCCUACUAGAGAGCCCAGAGGUCUCUCGGGACCUGCACCACUGGAUCGACCUCACCUUUGGCUACAAGCUGCUGGGUAAGGAGGCGGUCAAGGAGAAGAACGUCUGCCUGCAUCUGGUGGACAACCACACCCACCUCACCAGCUACGGAGUGGUGCAACUCUUCGAUCAGCCCCACCCCCGGCGGCUGGUGGGGGCCACCCUUCUGCCUACGGAGGCCCCUCUCUUCGCCCGACCCCUCAUCCCCGCAGUCCAGGAGACACGAGUGCUGGAGACCCCCAAGUGGAGACAUGCGACUGCUGGGCUGGUCAUUGAUGCAGCUGCCUGCGAAAGCCAGUUCGGGCCGAGCCUGGGAGAGGAGGUGGAGCAGGGGGCGGAGGCCCUGGAAUCUACCCCGGUGCCCGGCAGAGGCUCGGAGCUGCCCGGUCCUCCCACCCAGGGCCCCGGCUUCCCUGUAGACAGCAGGCCUCUCGGCUGGAGGACCAAGGCCGCUGGCCCCCUCCUCCAGGGGGAAGGGGUGGAGGAGAAGCUGGUCCUCCCAGAGGGCCACAAGCUGCUCCAGGCUUUGGAGGAGCUGGAGAAGCUGGAUGCUUUCCUGCUGAAGGCUGCGCACGGGGCGGUGGGCCGGCUGGAGCAACCCCCCUUGCCGCCCCCAGUGGCUCUCUCGGACCUUUUCCAGAGGGACAUGCAGGUGCUGGGGGUGCUAGUGGGUGAGAUCCUCUUUGCCCCCAAGCUGCGCACCUCCAAGCCGACGGCCUCGCUGCGGGAGCGCUUCCAGACUGUCCGGAGGCUCUGCUGGCUUCAUCCCAAGGAGGUUCCCCCUCCACUGCAGCAUCUGCUGGAGGUGCUGCUGCGGCUGAAGGUCCCGGACCCCCAGCUUUUCGGGGAGGAGGGGAGCAGCAGGGGGCCCCAGCUCUUCGCCUACAAGCCCGUCUGGCAAGGCCUGCCCCCGCCGUGCCCCUGGCAGCUGCUGAGCCCCUACAGCGGGGUCCUGCCCUUCCCGGCGUACUUCCCUGCCUUGCACAGGUUCAUCCUGACCUACCUCUCCCAAGAGGCCGGGGACGAGGGGCAGGGCCGGGAGCUGGUCUUCCAGCUGUGGCAGCAGCUGGACGGGGUGCUGAGCGGCAUCACUCCCGAAGGCCUGGAGAUCCUGCUGCCCUUCAUCCUAGCUCUGCUGUCUGAGCAGAGGACGGCUGUCCACGCCGCCUGGUAUCUCUUUGAGCCCAUCGCCAGAGCCCUGGGCCCCAAGAACACCAACAAGUACCUGCUCAAGCUCCUGAUCGGUGCCUACGAGAGCCCCCGGGGCCUCCACGGCCGCUUCUACCUCUACACGGACUGCUUCGUGGCCCAGCUGAUGGCCCGGCUGGGGCUGCAGCCCUUCCUCGCCCACCUGCUGCCUCACAUCCUGCAGGUGCUGGGGGGUGCAGAGGGCUCCUUCCAGGAGGAGAACAAGGCUUUGAUGCUGAGCGCGGCGGAGGAGGACGGCGAGGAGAGCGGCAGGAGCAGCCCGGACUCUCGCUCCUUUGGGGAGGAGGCCAAGGGGGACGCCGGCCUGGAGCUGGUGAACUACAUGUCCGGCAUCAGCCUACACGACCAGGCCUACCCGCCAGAGAGCGAGGAGCUUCCAAACGGCCUCUACCUGGCCGAGGCCCUGAGCCUGGGCCAGCUGAGCGACAAGGAUGAUGCCGGCGAGGAACUCCUGGCAGAGGACCUACAAGAUAAAGCUGCCGGCCUUCAGUGCCUGGACGGCAGCCGUGACCCGAAGCACAGCGAGGAGGAGGAGGAGGAGGAAGAGGACGGGGAAGAAGGCCGCAAGGAGGCUGCUUUGACCGCAGAAGAGCCAGCUCUCUCAGGAGCUGCUGGCCACUCUGCAGAGGCCACUCUGGCUGAGGAGGAUGGGCAGGCAGAGCCUGGGGAAAGCCGGCAAGAUCUGCUGGACCAGGAUGUGGACAAAGAGCAGAGUAUCCUGCUAGACACAGCCUGCAAGAUGGUGCGGUGGCUCUCGGCCAAGCUGGGCCCCACCACCGCCUGCCGGUACGUCGCCAGGAACCUCCUCCGGCUGCUGGCCUCCUGCUAUCUGGGUGCAAGCAGGCAGCAGUUUGUGGCUGGGGCCGAAGAGGGUGGCCCUCCGAACGCUGGGAACCUGGAGCAGAGGCGGCCCGUGGCGGGCGACAUGGUCUCCGAGCCGGUGCUCACCUGCCUGGUCCACAUAGCACACCUCUACGGGGAGCCGGUCCUCACCUACCUCUACCUGCCUUACAUCAGCUACCUGGUUGCUCCUGGCAGUGGGACGGCAGCCAGCCGCCUGAACAGCCGCAAGGAAGCUGGGCUCUUGGCAGCUGUGGCGCUCGGCCAGAAGAUCGUGGUCUACCUGUCGGACAGCACCCUGAUGGACAUCCUCCCCAGGAUCGGCCAGGAGGUCCUGCUCCCCCUUCUGGGCUUCUUCACCUCACCCACCCUCAGUUUCCCCAGUGGGGCCCAGGGCCGCGUCGUCUUGUGCCUCAAAACCAUCCGGCUGAUGGUGCUGGUUUGCUUACGGAUCGGACCCGAGAUGGCUCAGCAGCACCUGCGCGACGCCCUCCGGGGCUUCUUCCGGAGCUUCUCCUCGCUGCCCUCGGAGUCCGGCCAGCCGCCGUCUCCGGACCCCUCGGCUCUUCUGGAGCUCCAGAAGGUCUUCAGCCCAGAAAUGGCCUACGUUGCCUUUGUGCCCUUCUCUUCUCUGCUGGGUGACGCCUUCCACGCGAUUGUGCCCAACCACGCCUCGGUCAGGCAGCUGGCCAGCCUUCACCUGGAGCAGGCGACUCCCUUGUCCGAAAGGCAGGCUGGGCCGGGCCAGGCCCCCUUGGAGCAGGAGGCGCUGGGAGCCAAGCCCCCCUCCGCCCUGCCCGAGGACCCGCGUUCAGGCACCUUCGGGGGCGUGCUGGUGGGCAACCGCAUCCAGGUGCCCCCCGAGGGCCAGCAGGAGUUCUCAGGCGGGGCCAGGGGCGGCCUGCUCCCCAAGCUGGGGGGCCAGGAGGGGGAGACGCUCAAGCGGGAGCUGCGCUCCAGUGCCCGCCUCCUCUCGGGCAACUGGUUGGCUUACUGGCAGUACGAGAUCGGGGUCGGGCAGCACGACCCCCCCUUCCACUUCCACCAGAUCAGGCUGCAGAGCUUCGUGGGCCACGGGGGGGCCGUCAAGUGCCUGGCCCCCCUGAGCGGGGAGGACUUCUUCCUGAGCGGCAGCAAGGACAAGACCGUGCGCCUCUGGCCCCUCUACAACCGGGGGGACGGCACCCACGAGACCGAGCCCCGGCUGACCUACGACCGGCACAAGAAGUCCGUCUUCUACGUCGGCCUGCUGGAGGCCCCGCAGCACGUGGUCAGCUGCGACGGCACCAUCCACAUCUGGGACCUCCCCACUGGCUCCGCUUCAUCGACCACCGGAAGCCAGGCUGGCAGCAGGAAUUCCGGCUGGCCAGUGGCCCCAACGCCGGCCUCAUCCGCUGCCUGGCUGUCAGUCCCAGCGGGCGCAGCGUGGCAGCCGGCUUCUCCUCCGGCUUCAUGGUCCUUCUGGACACCCGGACGGGCCUGAUCCAGAAGGCUUGGUCAGCCCACGAGGGAGACAUCCUUCAGGUCAAGGCCACGGAGGGCAACAUGCUGGUCAGCUCCUCCUCCGACCACUCGCUGACCAUCUGGAAAGACCUGGAGCCGAAGCCCCUGCAGAUGUACAAGUCGUCCUCGGAGCCCGUCCACACCUUCGACCUCUACGGCAGUGAGGUGGUGGCCGGCACGGUGGCCAACAAGAUCAGUGUCUACGCUUUCCAGGGUCCCUCGGCCCCCGGGACCACCAAGCUCAGCUCCGAGAACUUCCGAGGGACCCUCACCAGCUUGGCUCUCCUUCCCACCAAAUGCCAGCUGCUGCUGGGUUCGGACAAUGGCACUGUCCGGCUGCUGGCCUAG